UUCUGCAUUUCGUCGCUCCGUGUCGCGUGGUGAGAAUACUUGCUGCUUUGGUACAAUCUAUACUACUCCCGCUACUGUCGUCGUGCGAAUCUGUCGUGAUUCCUUCGCUCUGGUGCCACUCUGUCCAGUUGUGCAACCGUUGUGCGGCGAGUUCUAUAGUUCACCGUUUGCAGUGUUCUUUUUGUGUGCUCUGUGUGCUGUGGUGCCGAUUUGUGAGAGCAAGUGAUUGCUACCUCGAUUCAAGCAGGGACAGAACAAUCGCAGCCGGUUUGUCCACGUAACGGAUUAUUGUUCACCGGAUUCUUCGGACGGGAAGGUGUUCCCCUAAAGCUACAAACCGCACUACCAACCGAAGAGGGGUUUUCGUGUCGAGAGUAAAUAAACCGUAGUUUCCUAAAACGAUGGCCGCCAUUUCGGACUUCCGCAAGAAGAAGCUGCUUUACGUGUUCCAUGUUUUCUUCGACAUCAACCAGAGUGGAGAAAUCGACCGCAAGGACUUUGAACUGGCAAUCAAUAAAAUCUGCAACCUCCGUGGCUGGCCUGAGGGGCACGCCAAGAACAAGGAAACCCACGAUGCGAUGUUCAAAAUCUGGGACGGUCUGCGGACGAAGGCGGAUGAGGAUAACGACGGUCAGGUCUCCGUGGACGAGUGGUGCAACAUGUGGGAAGCGUACGCCAAGAACUCCAACGCCGUUCUCGACUGGCAAGUGAGAUACAUGAACUUUAUGUUCGAUCUUGAAGAUGCCUCCAACGACGGUAGCAUCGAUUCGGAGGAAUUUUCCUCUGUCUACUCAAGCUACGGAGUCGAUAAGAAGGAGUGCCUGGAGGCUUUCAAGAAAAUGUCAAAGGGCGCCGGCGAAGUCAACCGGGACCAAUUUGCCGUAUUGUGGCGUGAGUACUUCUCCUCGGACGAUUCGUCCGCUCCGGGAAAUUUCAUUUUCGGCAAGAUUGCCUUCUAAAAAAACAGAAGAAAACCAACAAAAAAGAAAAGAAAAUGUCAACUGCGCCCAGUUGUGAUGCUCAUCGAAAAUAAAAGUCAACAACAACAAUUUUAACAACAGCAAAGAUUGCACCAAAAAUACGAAUAAAUGUUUUCUAAUGGGAGUGACAACCGAGAAGGGACCGGUUAGCUGCGGACAAAAGGGCUAACCCGUCUCCUGCCAAUGGCCGCUAUUCCGUGUUAUAGAAAGAGUUUUAAUAAUGUAGUAGCCUGUAUGCCGGUAGAGCUGUUCGUGAACAUACACAUUGUCAGUCAUCACAGUUAGUUUGUCAAAAUAAUAAGAGCGAUAAUAAAAAGUAAUGAAAA